AGAGAGUGAUCGGAGCGGCAGAUGCCGAAAAGACCGGGCGCCCACAGGAAAGGGGGGCAGGAUAAUCUGAUUUCCCUGCAUGAGGGGUUUAAUCCGCUGCUGUUCAAAGCUGCUGCUUCCGUUUUCCUUGCAGAGGAAAAAUGCGUCCUUGACACGGAGCUGUUUCCAGGGGCUUGUAUUUUUAGGCCUUUCUAUAUAUUCUAUUAAUCAACCACAAGGUGGCGCUGUGGGGUAGCUCCAUUAGAACGGAUUUUGGUCUUUCCACGAGGUUUUUGUUCCAGUUUGUCGCGAUUUAAAAUUGAAUACCAGAAAUUCUUCGCUCUAUACAAACCCGCGGAAAAAGCUUGGAAAACUCGGGCCCUGGAGGACAACGACGCCACGAAGGGGCCCCGCCAACUUCCGGCCUGUUACUAAUACAGGAGCUGGGGAACGUCCUGGCGGAGGGCCUCUUGGUUGCAUCACUGAAGCACUAACAGGAAGCAGAUGUCCCUUAAGGAUGUGUUUGAAAGCACCCCUUCUUUAAGGUGGAACUGUGUUGGAUGCCUCUCAUCCCUCUGUUCUCGUGGAGAGCAUUUUGCAGCCAGCUUCACUCCCAGCGUUUGUGGUCCCUGCCAAGUUCCUCAGGAGAACCGCUAGCAACCAGCAGCUUCUGCAGAAGGGGGUUCCAAUAGCUGCAAGGCACAGAGCUGGGAAGGGUAUGAAAAUGACCAGCACAGCAAAGACUGGAUUGGCCCUCACCCAGUGGAUCCAGAUGGAGCCAAUGCCCAAGGAGGCCGACAGGCUGCCCAACAUGGUGCAGUGUGGGACCAUUGAAGAGCUGCUCCACCACAUGGUGCCACAGCAGGCACAGCCCUACGUGCCCGAGUGCUGGGAGGAUGCCUGGCAACAAGUAUUACAGGCAGCGAAUUCUGAGCCAGCUGGUGUAUCGGAGGAGCUUGGCAGACUCAUCGAUGCCCCUGCUGAGGUCAUGCCAAGCAGGCCUCUUCCACUGAAAAGCAUGUGGGUCCUCCAGCUCCAUCGAGAGGAUGACAUUGAAGCUUACCUGGAGGCCUUUGAGUGGACAGCUAAGGCCCACCGCUGGCCCAGGGAGGAGUGGCUGGCCCGGCUGAAGCUGCACCUGAAUGGCAAGGCUCUCCUAGCCUGCAGCGUCUUGGAGCACAACUCAGCCCACGCCUAUGAUGUGGCCAAGGAGCGCAUCCUGCGUCUCUAUGGCAUCACCACAGAGACGCAACGCCAGUGCUUCAGGCAGUUCCGAUACCAGGAGGCCAAGGGCCCCCGAGAGGCCUGCCGGAAGCUCCGGGCACUUGGGCAGCGCUGGCUGCAGCCGGAGAAGCACACCAAGGAGCAGAUCUUAGAGCUGCUGAUCCUGGAACAGUUCCUGGCCAUCCUGCCACAGGAUAUGCAAAGCUGGGUCAGGGAAUGUAGCCCCAAGACCUGUGCCCAGGCAGUGGAUCUGGCGGAGGGUUUCCAGGUGGGAAAUGAGCCUCCGGUGUCAUUCAAAGAUGUCUGCGUGAAGUUCUCCCAUGAAGAAUGGGCCCUCCUCACCAAGGCGCAACAAAGUUUGUAUCGCGAUGUCACGCUGGAGAAUUUCCAGAAUGUGUCCACACUGGGAGUUCCUUUGGAGCUACCCGAGCUAAUUGCCCAGAUACAGCAAGGGGAAGAACUGUGUUUUCAGAGUGAUGCCAUGAGAGCAGAUUUUCCAAAGAGUCAAUUCAGAGGAAACUCGCUGCUUUUAAGCUUUAAGGACCAUGCUGUGGCAAAGAGGCCUCUUCCAAAAAGAGCCACAAAGGCAGACCAAGAACUGGCCCGAGCAACAGAAGCAACUCGGGACUGCUCAGGGCACUUGGGGAUGGCCCCGCCAAGAACUGGCCCCACAAAAAGGCAAGGGUCAGCCCCAAAGGCCAAAGGCCCUAAAAGGAAGAAAAUGACCCCUCCACCAACACGGGGGGAGGCCACCUCCAGGAGCAAGUGGUCCCAGCCAUCAUUGCUGGGAGAAGCAGGCCAAGGGCAGGACUCGGACAUCCCCAUUGUGAGCACCAAGCCCCAGAAGAGGGCGAGGAGGCUGCCGCCGCAGGACGGCCCCCCAAAACUGAAGAAGCAGCUGGUGUCCGUGGAGAAGCCCCCGAAGCUGAGGAAUAAGCCCGAGACUGCAGGAACGCCCCCCAAGCUGAAGAAGGAGCCCCCCCUGCACGAGAGGAAGAAGGGCCAGUGCCAGCAGGACACGCAGCGGCUGGCUUCCCCGCCGCCGCUGCCGCCCCUGCUGCAGGUCAACCUCCACGAGGCGGCGGCGGCGGCUGCGGCGGCUGCGGCGGCGGCCCUGCCAGUCAUCACGUGGCACCCCCCGUUCAGCGCCACGGUGGUCUCCGACCUGGCGUGCCCGGAGUGCGGGCGCACGUUCAAGCAGCGGGCCGACCUGCGGCGCCACCACUACGUGCACACGCGCGAGAAGCUGUACGCCUGCAGCAUGUGCGAGAAGAGCUUCCGGCACCGGAGCAACCUGCACAUCCACCUGCGCACGCACAGCGGCGAGCGGCCCUACCAGUGCCCGGACUGCGGCAAGGCCUUCUCGCAGAGCUGCAACCUGCGCACCCACAGCCAGAUCCACAGCGGCAGCAAGCCCUACCGCUGCUGCAUGUGCGGCAAGGCCUUCAGCCACAGCUCCAACCUCACCAUCCACCAGCGCGUGCACACGGGCGAGCGCCCCUACCCCUGCUCCACCUGCCCCAAGCGCUUCAGCGACCGCUCCACCCUGGUGCAGCACGAGCGCACGCACACGGGCGAGCGCCCCUACGCCUGCCACGUCUGCGAGCAGCGCUUCAGCCAGAUCUCCCACCUCGUGAAGCACAGCCGCGUGCACCCGGGCGCCCGGGGCCCCCCCAAGCCCCCCGCGGGGCUGGCGGGGCUGGGCGCCGCCGAGGGCUGCUUCCAGCGCUCCGAGGACGAGGACGCCUUCCCGGUGACUGUGCCCGAGCCGGACCCGAGCCAGGCCUGA